UCACAUAGUGUGACCCUUGUUUGCAACGCCAAAAUGGUGUCUUCUUUGGUAAGCAAAUGAAACUACCAACUUAAAAAACAAACAAAUAUACAUUCCUACUCCGUCAAUCCGUGUCCGCGUACACGACCUUGUUAUAUAAGAAAGACAAUCAAACAUAUGAUCAUCACAGUCACACCCCUCAAUCCCAAUCCAAAACCCAAGCCAAAGGCCUCUCAAUCUCGAUCAUAUUUCCUUGUUUUCUUGGCAUUGUCCCUGAAUUGCAUCGCCAUGUCGGAUUCCGCUGCCAAAACCCUCGACUCUGAGGCUCUCUCUUCUGCUCCGGCGGCUUCGAUUCAAAUUGUGUACACUGAGAAGCCCCACGACGAGGAGCCUGAGGCUUACCACAUCAGAACCCUAUCUGCUGUCCUUGGAAGUGAGGAUGCUGCGAAGGAAGCUUUGGUGUACAGUUACAAGUCCGCAGCUAGUGGGUUCUCUGCUAAGCUUACUCCAGAGCAGGUUGCUGAAAUUUCAAAGCAACCCGGUGUUCUUCAGGUUGUCCCUGACAGGAAACUUCAACUCCAUUCAGGACCAAAUAGGCUGCAGUAGAGUAGAAUAGAGUUGAGGAUAAGCAAUUUCUAUAUGGUUCUCCAAAACAUGUGCCUGUUCCUAAACCGAUUAUGACAAAUAUGAAAUAUGUGGGUUCAGAAUAUCCAUUAUAUAUUAUUACAUGAGCAAUGCUAGGGAACCAAAAGGGUAUUAGCCAAAAACCAGCCAAAAUAUUUUUGAUGAAUUCAAAAUUUCUACAAAUUAAUAUAUAUGGAUGUUUCUUCUGCUAAGUAUCAGAAUGUUUUUUUUAUAUUAAAUGGAUGUUCUUUUAUUAUUUUUUGAAUUUUUUUGUAUUGCAAAUGUGAAUGCCUCUAUUUCUUUAAAAAUUUUAUAUUUUUUUUAAAAUUUUAUAGAUAUUUAAUUAUUUUUGCUAAAAUAUAAUUAGAUAUUUCUAUUGUUAAGUAUUAUGAUGUUUUUUUUUCAUAUUAAAUGAAUGUUUUUUUAUAUUUUUGUUUAAAUGCUUGUAACAUUCACGAGAAAUUUUGUUUAUAACCUGGUUGGUGACAUUUAAGUCUAAGAUUACAAAGGAAGAGAAGUUUGUGUCCCUAGCAAAUCAUCUACAUAGGAUGAUGAUGGUAUUUAUGUGAUAACAGAAAUCAAUUAGUGAAAAGGUGGAUUUGGAUUGAACUUGACAGAUUCCUUCCAUAUGAGCUCCUUGACAUCCUCUUCAGUGCAUGUUGGAUGCUCAAAGUCAAAACUGAAUGGCCUCGGACAAACCGGCUCAUCAUUGAUGGCCUCCGUCGCCUCCUUAGAUAGCACAAUCGGCCUCAGUCUUAUGCCGGAGCUACUCGGUCUCGACGCGCCUGUUUCUGUCGCUGUUGACGCUGGCUCCGAGAGGGAAGUCACGUGCGCUAACGCGUGAAAACUCCGAGACUCGAACCCGAGUCCGAACAUAAGGUUCAUAAGCUUCCGAUCUGGUAAAGACAGUUCCGACUAGAAGCGGAAGCGAUUGGAGGAGUGGGUUGCGGUGGGGAGGCGGAGAGGACCUGACGGUGAGAGAGAGACUGUGUGUAUGAUUGUUAGAGGUGGAUAGAUUAAUGUGAGAGAGAAAAUGAAGGUUUUUAUAGGUUUUAAUUAGUUUUAGUUAAUCAAUUUUUAAUUUUUUAAAUUUUAAAUUUAAAAAGUUUAAAAUUAAUUAUUAAUAUAAAUUAAUGUAGUUUUGUUU